AUGGCUCGCUUCCAAAGACCCAAAACGGCGGCUGAGAUGAGCUCUUAUAGAGACCAACAGUUCAAAGGUUCGCGUGAAGAACAGGAGGGGCUGUUGGCGAAGACGACGACUCUAUACAUAGGAAACCUCUCCUUCUAUACCCGUGAAGAGCAGAUCUACGAGUUGUUCGGCAAAUGCGGACCAAUUGUAAGAGUGAUCAUCGGUUUGGACCGCAAUGUGAAGACUCCGUGCGGUUUCUGUUUCGUUGAAUACCUGUCCCGAGAGUCGGCCACUAAUGCCAUACGUUAUGUGAACGGCACGCGUCUCGACGAUAGGAUUAUACGCACGGAUUGGGACACAGGUUUCAUUGAGGGCCGGCAGUACGGGAGGGGUAAGAGUGGCGGACAAGUGAGGGAUGAGUACCGCACCGACUAUGACGACGGGAGGGGAGGCUUCGGCAAAAUUUUAUACGCACGGAUUGGGACACAGGUUUCGUUGAGGGCCGGCAGUACGGGAGGGAGUGGCGGACAAGUGAGGGAUGAGUACCGCACCGACUAUGACGACGGCAGGGGAGGCUUCGGCAAAAUCAUGAGCUUCAAGAUGGGACCUCCUGUCAACUGA